AUGUUCCACCCUCUAGAUCCUCUUUCGCCCGCCGAGCACCGCAAGGCGUCCCAGAUCCUGAGGAACUACCAUGCACCGGUUCCCGUCCGCUUUAAGGCCAUUGACUUGCUGGAAGCGCCCAAGCAGGAUCUUCUGGCGUAUCUGCAGGAUGGGAAGUUCGAGCUGCAGCCGCCGCCCCGCAAAGCCUACUCGUACUAUCACAGGAACGACGAUGGGACCCUUCGCAAGGCGACGAUCAAUCUCGCGACCGAGACGAUUGAAUCAGAUACGGAACAUCCCGAAAGUCAGGGCCCAGCUGAUAUCGAUGAAAUUGAUCGAAUCUACAAUUUGUGCAAUGCACAUCCUGCGAUCCAAGAGGAGAUCAAGAAACUUAAGUUGCCAGACGGGGCUUACGUGACAAAUGACCCUUGGACAUAUGGCACGGAUGAUCCGAACGAACGCCGUCGGUUGUACCAAUGCUACAUGUACAUUGUUCUGAAGGACGAUCCUGAAGCAAACCACUACUCCCUCCCGGCGCCGUUUGCGCCCAUUUUCGAAGCUAAUACGUUCGAACUUCUUAAAAUCCAAAGGCUUCCGCUUGGAGUUGAUGCGCAACUGGAUGAAGAAAUGAAGCCCUGGGAUCCCGUCAAGCCUGUCGAAUAUAGCGCAUCACUGCUAGGUGACUCAUACUUUCGCAGGGACCUCAAGCCCUUGCAUAUAGUCCAGCCACAGGGGCCUUCAUUUCAAAUCGAUGGCCGGCAUGUUUCCUGGCAGAAAUGGACAUUCCACAUGGGCUGGACAGUUCGUGAAGGACCUGUGCUGAACAAUGUGUUUUAUGAUGGAAGGUCCCUUUUCCACCGCGUGUCUAUGAGUGAAAUGACCGUCCCAUAUGGCGAUCCACGCUCACCCUAUCACCGCAAACAGGCGUUUGAUUUGGGUGAUUCGGGAUUCGGAAUUACUUCCAAUACUCUGACACUGGGUUGUGACUGCCUCGGCCACAUCGCCUACUUCGAUGGGAUUCGCACAUCUGGUUCUGGAGAGCCAGUAGUCAUGAAGAAUGUUAUCUGCAUGCACGAGGUGGAUAAUGGAAUUGGCUGGAAGCACACCAACUUCCGCAACAACAAGGCAUCCAUGGUCCGGAACCGCCAACUAGUUAUUCAGUGCACCGCAACAGUCAUGAAUUACGAGUAUGUCCUCGCUUUUGUUCUGGAUCAAGCUGCCAACCUUCAUAUCGAGGUCAAGGCCACCGGUAUUGUCUCGACGAUGCCAAUCCGUCAGAACACGUAUUCUCCUUGGGGAACUGUCGUUGCCCCUGGCGUACUAGCCGCGAACCAUCAGCACCUUUUCUGCCUGCGAAUCGAUCCGGCCCUUGACGGAGUACAGAACAGUGUCGUUUAUGACGACCUGGUCCCUGUCCGUGGGGAGCCCGACCUUGACCCCUUCGGAUGCGCCUUUCGGGUCCAAACUGUCAAUAUCACUCAGCCGGGCGGGUAUGACCUGGACGUCAGUCGGUCCCGGACGUACCGAAUUAUCAAUCCCAAGCACAUCAAUCCUGUUUCAGGCCAGCCAGUCUCCUACAAGCUACAUGCAGCGCCAAGCCAGAUGCUCAUGAUGGGCAAACAAACCUUCAACUACAAGCGGGGAGUUUUCUCUUCCCGACCAAUCUGGGUGACGAAGUAUCGAGAUGGAGAGCUCUGGGCUGCCGGUGAAUUCACAAACCAGAGUCGCAAGGAUACUGGUAUGGAGAUCUGGGCAAACCGCAAGGAAUCUGUCGAGAAUGAAGAUGUUGUCCUGUGGCAUACUUUCGGUGUCACGCAUGUUACUCGACCUGAAGAUUUCCCCGUCAUGCCGGUCGAGGUGAUGAAUGUCUCACUGAAGCCAAGCAGCUUCUUUGAGCUCAAUCCCUCCAAUGAUGUACCACGUUCCAGCCAGAGCCAUAACCAGUCCACUAUGGUUGAACAUGAGGAGGUUAGCCUGGCUGGCUGCGGAAAGUGCUGUCUAUAA